AUGUUGCGCGUGCCUGGUAACAGGGUUACGUUUGCUGCUGGCGCUACAUCCCCCCUGCCUGCUACACCUCCCCUGCCCGCUACAGCCCCCCUGCCUGCCACAGCCCCACUUCCUGCUACAAAUUUUCACCCGGCGAGUUAUGAACCGGCAUCAACCCACAGACAAGGCACAGCAGCACCAGCCGGUGAUUUGACUUCUGGGGGUGUCUCACUGCGUGAAGGGGAUGGUAGAAGCGAGCAGCGAGAUAGGGAUGGUAGGAGGGAUCAGCGAGAGCGGAACGAGAGAAGAAUUCCAAGGAGGGGAGCAGAGGGACUCACAGGAGGUGGAAAGGAUUCGAGCGCAGGGGUUUCGGGCGAGAGGCGGGGCGAGAAGUUGGGUGAGAGGCGGGGCGAGAGGCGGGGCGAGAGGCGGGGCGAGAGGCGGGGCGAGAGGCGGGGCGAGAGGCGGGGCGAGAGGUUGGGCGAGAGGUUGACUGCAGCGAUGGGUGCUGCGGUGAGAAGCGCGUGCAUUCAGUUUGAUGAGCUCACUCGGGAGUUGCUGCAUGAUGCUUACAUGCGGUUUGAGGAGCUUUCUCAGAAACUGGCAGAGGAUGCUACAGCUCAGUUUGAGGAGAUUGCGAGAGGGGCUGAAGUGCCUCCGUUAGGAACAGAAGUGGCUCAUCCGCAGCAACGUGGCGAGAAUACUGCGUCGACGAGCCACCACCCGCAGCAACAAACUCCACUCCCGCAACAGGCGGAACCGGCGGCAGAUGAAGACGCGAACCGGGGGGAGGUGGCGAGGCGGCAGGAGCAGGAGCCGGCGGGAAGUGAACCGGAGGCGGGGGUGCAGCGACAGGAGGCGGACUCAAGGGGAGCACAGCCUGUCAAGGAGCCUCAAGGGCUGGCGAGGCGCACAUCGAACUACUUUGGCUCUGCGCCGCCCUCUCCUCACGUACCGCCCUCGAGACUUCCCGCUGUAGAUCCGCCAUUGUCACAGACGGGCGGUACCCCCCACCACCGCCACGCCCGCGGGGACCCCUCCAGUCCCCUUGACCACCAGGGUGAGCAGGCCAGUGCGUCUGCUGCUGGUAACGUCGUAGAGAGUCGCGCCGGCGACGAUACGACUUGCGCUCCGGGUGGGGCGCGGGUCAAUGGGGCCGAGACGCGCGACGGUCGGGUGACGGGGGACGUGACGACUGGCCUGCCGGGGCCAUCGGCGUCACAGCAGGCGCAGAUAGACCCACCACUGCAGGCGAAACCGAUGGAGCCGGGACGCCAGUGGUGGCGAACUCCGCCUUCGGCGACAAAGCAGAAGCCAGAGCAGGCUCGGCGGGGGCAGAAGCGGACGGCGCAACGGGUGCGCCAGGGACAGGAACCGGGGGAUCAGCAACGACACCAGCAGGCGCAGAUACUGGCGGAUCAACAACAGGAGCCCGGGGAACAGGAGCAGCAGCCGGAGCAGAGGGAGCAGCAACAGGCUCAGACUGGAGAGGGGCAGCCACGGCACCAGGAGCCUCGGGUGCGAGGGGAAGAGGCAUUUCAGAGACUGCUGACGCGGGCUUCGGAGCAGGCGGGAGAGGGGGCUUCAUCACCGUGGUCGCCUUUUCGGGUUCCAACUUGGGCUUGGCGACCACAGCCGACCAAGCGGCAGCGAGCUCUGGCGACGGCUCAGGCGCGCCGGCAAUCACCAUCCCGAGAGCAAGGAGACCGCGGGGCUACGAGAUAG